UAGGGUGUCGCCUUGUGGGCUCUAUUCGAAGGCGACGGCGGUCGUCUGUGCAUCAGCGUCAAAAUAUUUUUUUAAAAAUAAAAAGGGCAAUCAUAAGGUCGUUCAUUAUAUACACUCGCAGUUUUGUAAGAUAUUUUAUUCUUCCGGAUUCCGCGCCCAAAAAGGGUUGGCAUGAGGGGGUAUGCCAAGAAUUUGAAUCAGCUUGCUGGUAGUUUGAAGAAAGAGUAAAGUCGGGCUGAGAGGGGAGCCAUUUUGUCCCGACUGUGUGGGAGAAAGAAAAAAGAGUGGAAAAGGAAAAUAAAUCGGGCGGAGAAACACAGCAAGAAACCCUCUCAUUGUGAAGAGAACUGUUAAAAUUUGGGAAGACUCAUUCGCUGUACAGUCUACUAGCCAUCGUGCGGCAUUUACCAUAAACAAAAACCACGUAGCAUAGUUGGCUAACGUUAGCUGAAUUGGCUAUCGGUUUUUAAUAAAGCGAUUCCUAUUUUUUUAUCGGAUAGCUCAUUUAUAACCACGUUGGUUUUUAUUUCUUUCGAUUUCUCCACUGGGUUGAGAGCACAGCAUACUAAAUGGCGAAAAAGACGUACGACCUGCUGUUCAAGCUCCUUCUAAUCGGGGACUCCGGUGUGGGGAAGACCUGCGUGCUGUUCCGCUUCUCCGACGACGCCUUCAACACCACCUUCAUCUCCACUAUAGGAAUUGAUUUCAAGAUCAAAACCGUUGAAUUACAAGGAAAGAAAAUAAAACUACAGAUAUGGGACACUGCAGGACAGGAGCGCUUCCACACCAUCACCACCUCCUACUACAGAGGCGCCAUGGGCAUCAUGCUGGUCUACGACAUCACCAACGCCAAGAGCUUCGAGAACAUCAGCAAGUGGCUGAGGAACAUCGAUGAGCACGCGAACGAGGACGUGGAGAGGAUGCUGCUCGGGAACAAGUGUGACAUGGAGGACAAGAGGGUGGUCCCCAAGGCGAAGGGAGAACAGAUCGCGAGGGAACACGGCAUUAGGUUUUUCGAGACGAGUGCGAAGGCGAACAUCAACAUCGAGAAGGCCUUCCUCACGUUAGCGGAAGACAUUCUAAGAAAGACGCCGGUAAAGGAGCCCAACAGUGAGAAUGUAGAUAUCAGCAGUGGGGGUGGGGUCACGGGAUGGAAGAGCAAGUGCUGCAGCUGAACGCCUUUUCUCCUCCAUCUGUCCCUCUCUCCAUCCACCCCUCCGUCAUUCCUCCCUCUGUCAUCACUCACUCACCUCUCAUCCUCCUCUCCCUCUCUCCGUCUGUCCCUCUCUCCAUCCGUCCCUCUCUCCAUCCACCCCUCCGUCAUUCCUCCCUCUGUCAUCACUCACUCACCUCUCAUCCUCCUCUCCCUCUCUCCGUCUGUCCCUCUCUCCAUCCACCCCUCCGUCAUUCCUCCCUCUGUCAUCACUCACUCACUCACUCACCUCUCAUCCUCCUCUCCCUCUCUCCGUCUGUCCCUCUCUCCAUCCACCCCUCCGUCAUUCCUCCCUCUGUCAUCACUCACUCACUCACCUCUCAUCCUCCUCUCCCUCUCUCCGUCUGUCCCUCUCUCCAUCCACCCCUCCGUCAUUCCUCCCUUUAAUCACUCCCUCACUCCUCUCUCAUCCCUCCAUCUCUCCCUCGUUCUCUGCUGUUCCGUGCUGUUUUCUGGAAAUAAAACCACCUCUGUCUCUAACAUCCCCCUUCUCUCUCUCUCUCUCUCUCUCUCUCUCGCUCACUUUAACCCUUUCGUUCUUCCACUUGUGACUGCUUGCUGACAGUAUAAUUAUUUCAGAAAUGUAAAGAUAAAAAAGAGAAAUCAUAAGUUUCUUGUCAUUUAUUUUAAAGUAUACAAAAGGAAAAAAAAAAAAACGUUUUGUCCAACUCACCACUACAUAUUUUGUUUUGUAAUUGUUUGGGUUGUUAUUUUAGUCGAUAUUCCUGAUCAACCUCAACUCCGUGUGGUUUCAAACUGCCCAAAACGAGUGGUCGGAAUCAAGAUGGGAUGGGGUGGGCGGGUUAUGACAAAAAACAAAACCAACAGUACGAAACCGCCACCAUGUGUAGAAUUAACAAUUUUGUACAAUAGUGGGAUAUCUGUUGUGUAUAACUGUACUUGGUCAUUUGCGAUUUGUAUACAAAGUACGACCGUGAGGAGAUGGAACUUGGGUGACGAUCUUGCUCAAACUUUAUUGGUGGGAUUAAUUUUGUCCUGUGCCUUACAUGCAGUUGAGGGAGUGUAACCAUGGCGAUAGAGCGUAACCAUGGCGAGAGCGUAACCAUGGCGAGAGAAGCACCGCCUCCUGUGGUGUCAUUGACAGUUAAUCAUUUGAGUUUAAUGUUAAAUUCUUUAUCGCUUCUCCACGACAGUGUCAAUAUGAUUUAAACUUUUUAAAAAGGAAGUGCAGAAACGUUUGAAUUUCUUGUAUUAGACCGAAGAGAAUGUUGUUGUUUUUUUUUGGUUUUGUUUUCUCAAUAUGAUUUAUUUUACUUUUUUUAUUUUAUUUUAUUCUCCUUUUACUUUUUCCUGCAUGCUAAUUUCUUUGGUUUGGAAAACUUUUUUGUAAGUUUUACCAAGUUGUUCUUAAAAAGGAAGAACUAGCAGUGAUUUACUCGAUGUCGGGGGAGGGAGGGGUAGUUUGAAUAGUUCUCUUUGGAAAUUCAAACAAUUUUGCAGAUCCAUUAAAAAAUAAGCUUGUUUAAGUUAA